UUAAUAACAAAAUCAAAUAUGGACUUAUUUUCCCUCACAAAAUUACUAGAGGAGGCGAAAUUUCACCCACUGAACUUUCUGGUACCAACUCGAAUAGCUCCUCUUGAUCGAAAUAUGAGCUAUUCAUUAGGCCAAAACCAUGCCAGGGAGCCCAAAAAAGGUAAUAAUCUGGCUCCACCUCGCUAGGCAGGACAGGGUUCCUUCUGUAGCUGAGGGAGCUUCUUUAACAAGACAGUUUAUCUAUCCAAAAUCAGAAUCUUCUUAUCAAGUAUAGACGAGGAAGUAUUCUACAAAUUCUAUUCAGAGUCACAGUCAAAAUGGUUUGCUCUAAAAAUAGCUCCUUGCCCUCAAAAAUACCUUGAAUCCCCGAAAACUCACUAAACUGAAAUGAUGUCAAGGAGUUCUUAGCCCAGAUUACAGCUUUUGGUAUGAAGACGAAGGAGAAGUUCUGUAUUACACUAUUUUCAGUGUUGAACAAGAGGCGGUCUUUCUCUCCACAAUCCUUGCUGAGAGAGCAGCAGAUGAGAGCUCAGAUCAGCAAUUUUGCCACCAGCCUGAAGAAAAUAUAGAAUUCGAUGACGAACUCAUGCCAUUCAAAUAAAGGAGCAGUCAACUGCUACCCAUACUUUGAAGAGCAAGAGCUCUUAAGAAUCUGGGAGCAGAUCACUGCAAGUCUGUCAUCCCUCAGACAUAGGAAUCUUUGUCACAGAGAAGUCUGUCCGUCAAAUAUUCUCGUUACACAAUUCGAAGAUUCCCAACCAAAAGGCCUACCAGGUGAUCAGAAUUGUUCACUCCUUAAAAAGAUCAAAGUGUUUCAGCAUAAAAAUAUGCAAGAGAAGCCUAUGUUUCCAAAGUUGGUACAUGAGCCGAUGCCAAGGCAGAAGACAUUCAAGUUCCCUCGGAUCUCUAGCUUAGAAACGAUCAAGGCGAACCUGACGAGGCUACCUAAGUUUGAAGAACUAACUUGCUUCAGGAAAAAUAAGGGUUCAUUUACAACAAGGUUCAGCACGAGGUCAAGCCAUACGAGGAACUCAGAGAUCCCUCAGUACGAGUCUCCUAAGCAGACACCUAAUGUAUUUCCCUUAUCGCCUUCUAAGCUACACCUGAGGUCUCAGAGGCUUUUAAAUUUCUCUUCUUUACCAGUAAAGAAGCCAGAGAGGUUCGUGAGUGGCUGAAAGAUACUUAUUUCAGAUAAUUUGUGUACAAUCAACCAAGUAAGACGCCCACUACCAAAGCUGAGUCCAGAGAACUUAUCGAUGACAGAUCUUACCUUCGCUUCACCUCUGAUAGAAGGCUUCUGCCAAGAAUUUCAUGCUUGGAAUAAGUUGAUUGGCAAAGAGUUCAGAUAUAAAACUCCUGCUGAAGAAGAUGUGUACUCUUUAGGUUGAAUAUUCCUCAACACAUUGGUUCUUCAUAAGGAAAGAGUACACAGAAUUAAGAGAAAGGUAAACAGAUGAAAGAGUAGUAGGGAACGGACAGAAGUGAUCACCCAGGCUCUCCAACAUUCAACAGAGCGCUCUGGUCAGAAUUUACCAUAUCACAGCGUGAAAGAAAUGAUCAAACUGAUAUCUUGUUGUCUAAACCCUUGAUCUAAAGAAAGACCUUCCUUUGAUGCAGUGUUAGGGCUUAUCCAGUGAAUGCCUCCUCAAAGAAAUGUUAGGAAAAGAGUAUGUAGCCCUGAAGUCUUAUCGCAAGAGAGUUCAUUCGACUCUCUUUGUAACUUAUCAACGGACGAGAAGAUUCCUAAUAAGUUUCGGUACCUCAAUUAAGCACCCGAUGGUUUGUUUUUAACUGGAUCUUUGA